UUCUUAGAAAAAAAGAAAGAAAAAAGAAAAGAAGGAUCCAGGGCUCCCCGCGGUCUCACUCUCUCACAGCACAGCUGAGAAAAGAAACCGAGAGAGAGAGUAAAAGCAAAAUAAAACAAAUAAAAAAAAUGAGGUUCAACUUCGACUUACAGGAUCCGAAUUUAACACAAAGGCGUUCCGUCACGCCCAAAGAAGAAGUGGAAUGGGUUCCCCUUCAGAACCACCCAAUCUUCUCCUCCUCCACCACCGAAGACCACGCUUCCACCUCCGCCACGUCAUCGCCGCGAAACCUUUUGGCCUGGGACGGAGCCACCAGGCUCUACUUCUGGGACUCCAACAAACACUGCCUCCAUCGCAUCUCUAUCCGACUCGGCGAACCCCAACCUACCUCCGUCCUCGCCUCUUCUCCCUCUAAGGUAUUGCAAGCAGAUGUGCAGCUCAACUUUGUGGUUCAUAAAAUCUCCAUCAAUAGGAAUGGAUCUGCGAUAUUACUUGCUGGUUCAGAUGGUUUAUGCGUCAUGUACCUUUAUGGGCGUAAUUCUACUGAAGAGAAUGCCAUAAUUUGCAGGACUGUUACUGUUGGUUCACAACUCUAUUCCAAUGGCUCCAAUGCCAUACGUAUGCUACAAGUUUCAUGGCACCCAUAUAGUGACACCCAUAUGGGAGUUCUUUCUUCAGAUUCAGUUUUCAGACUUUUUGAUUUGUCGUCAGAUCUGCUGCUACCAGAGCAAGAAUAUUAUCUACAGCCCGUUGAACCCGGUAGAUCCAGGAAUGUCACAUCAAUCUGUCCUGUUGAUUUUUCUUUUGGAGGUGACCACUUAUGGGACAGGUUUAGCGUUUUUGUGUUAUACACUGAUGGUUCACUUUACAUCCUCUGCCCAGUUGUUCCAUUUGGGAGUUUCUACAAAUGGGAAUCUAUACUAGAGAUAUACAGUGAUGCUCAUACAUUUGGACUGAAAUCAGCCAAUUCAACAGCUGUUAGUAAUUCUAAUCUGGCAAUCUCUUGGUUGGAAGCAACGUUUCCUGAGUUAGCAAACCCAGAAGCAGAAGGGGGAGAUCUGUCCAUGCUUAGAGCUCAUCCUUAUGCUCUAUUUGAUGCAUCAAUUUCCUUGCAGGGGCCUCUGCAGAAGGUAUGUCAUGGUGGAGAUGAAAAUUUAGCAGUUCGGGGUGCUGAAUGUGAAGGCCGUGCUGUCAGUUUUCUUUAUAAUUUAGUUAGCAAAGACUCAAUUCUGGUGACUGCCUGGAGUGGUGGGCAAUUGCAAAUAGAUGCCUUGGCUGAUGAAAUCCAGCCAGUUUGGAAUCUUGACAGUCCACCUCGUCUUCGUGUUGAUCCAAAUGACCAAGUUCUUGGUCUUGCUAUGAUUUGUGAAUCGAUUGAAGGGGAACUUCCUAUUGUGAAGCUUGAUCAACCACUUGACCAUACUUUUUGGUUGGGCCAUCCACCCCCUCUGUUGAGACUGGCUAUAGUGGAUUUAGCUCUGCCAAGGGAAACAGAUAGUGGUUCUCUUAUCAUGCUGUUUGCUGAUCCCCUUAUGCCAGAAAGAUUAUUUUCCCUUCACGAAGGAGGGAUAGAUUCAAUAGUGUUGCAUUUUCUACCAUUUACCAAUCAGACUAGAGGCAAGGAUGAGACCAUGAGAACACCCUCAGUGCAUCCUAUUCUAAGUACAUGUCAAGGAGAAAACCCUGUGCAGUCUCCACUCUGUGGUUUUGUGUCUUUAUCGGAUUCGUUUGGAUAUUCAUGGAUUGUAGGAGUUACUGUUUGUCAAGAAUGUGUUGUGCUAGAAAUGAAAACUUGGAACCUUUUGUUGCCUAUGCAUGUUGAUAUGGACAAGUCCAUUAGUUUGCAAGAACAGAAAGAGAGAGAUAUACCAGAUAUUAUAAGCAAAGAACUCCUUCUUGGACCUAAGGCUAUUCUUCUUCCACAAGCCCAACCAAAUCUACGUUCUGUUGCUGCUGACUCUAUUGAAGGUCGGCAAACUCUACAUCAGUACUUCAAGCUUUUCCAUGAGAAUUAUGUGGAGUAUGCACAUAAGGUUCACUUUGAGAUCAAGCAUCAUGGGCCUCAGUUGAAGAGGAUAAUUGAUGACCAGCAUGCUCGUUUAGUUGGUGCACAGAGAAAGCUUCAGAAAGUUGAGGAUAAGCAAUCAAGUUUGGAGGAGAGGAUUGAUCUUGCAACCCAGCUGCACAAUUUUCUGGAGCAGCGUUUGCAACGGUUGAGAAGCUUGCCUGGUGUUCACAAAAAACCACUUUCCAGGGCAGAGCGAGAAUUCAAGUCUGAGCUUGAGCAUUUUUCAGGAGUUGAAUUGGAUGCUUUGCACUCUUCGAUUGAUGCUUUAGCUGCAAGGCUAAGAAGGCACACACAAUCUCCAAAGGGGAAUUUAUCGAACCAACAAAGGCAAAUGUCAGGGAAGAAGAAUCUUGCCCAUGAUGUCCAUAUCUCCCAGCUGAAAUCCUCACUUGAGAAACUUUCACUUGUCAAUAGUGAGAAUUCGAAGAGGGUUAAGAUUGUUGAGUCUGCAUUGAAAAGCCAAGAAAGCAGCAGAUUCUGAAACCUGCCCUACCGUUUUGAUCAUGCUUUUCAAUUAUAGAAGCAUGUUCUUGGUCUAUGGUGCUUGGGUGUUUUGCACUUAGCAUUGCAGAAUUUCGCGACAGUUGAAUGAAAAAUUUAUUAAGUUCUUUCAAACUCAAGCGAUAAUUUCUGUAUGUUUUUAGAGGCAGAUGAUUUUGAGUAUAGGACUUGAAGUCUGUAGAGAAAUGUCAAUUCCUUGGUCUUCGGUCUUUACUGCUGAGAAAUGUUAAUUCCUGUUACUAACUUGCUAGAACGUGAUUGGAAUAUGAUGAUUUAUGUAGGAGCGUUAUUACUGAUGUCAUUCCUUAGAACAUGAUUUCAAAAUUCAUGAUUUUACAA